AUGGCCAAGUGGAUCAACUCAAGGAUCAGUGCAAAGCACAAAACAUCUGUAAUGAAACAAUUAACAGACGCUCAUCAAAAAGAUGUUCUACGCACCCGCGAGUAUUUGCGUAUAAUCAUUACCAGCAUAUUCUAUAAUGCACAGCAAAACGUGGCUUUACGAGGACACGAGGAAAACAGAAAUGAUAUCGGCAAAAUGUCCGACAUAAAUAGAGGAAACCUAUUGGAAUUAUUACACCUCAGAUGCGAUGACAUCCCGUGGCUCGACGAAAAGCUACAAAGUCAACAUAAGCUUCACGCUCAGUGGACAUCGCCAUCUAUUCAGAAUGAGAUAUUAGAAAUUACAUCUAGAUUUCUUGUCGAGCGAAUCAAUCAGGAUGUACUAUUAAGCCGUAACUUUGCUCUAAUCAUGGAUGAAACUUCAGAUAUCAGCCGCAUAGAGCAGGUAUCAAUCUGCCUAAGGUAUGUUUUGACUGGCAAAACAUUAGAGACUUUCAUCGGAUUUUUUUCGACAGCAUCAACAGAAGGCGAAGUUUUAUUUGAACUUGUAAAGAGGAUCAUCACUGAACGUGGCUUGAAGUUAGAGGAUAUUGUUGCCGAGUGCUUCGAUGGUGCAUCCAAUAUGAGUGGCGUUCGGAAAGGCGUAGCGGCACGAAUGAAAGAAUGCUCACCGCGAGGAGUAUAUAUACAUUGUUACGCGCAUAUCCUUAACUUGGCACUGCAAGACACUAUGAGUGAUGUGCAGCCACUCCGAAAUGCACUAGGGACAUUACAAAGUCUGUAUAAUUUCUUGGAGGCAAGUCCAAAACGUCAUGCCGUGUUUAAUUAAUUCUGUUAAGAUAGAUGGUGAUCACCUUGUUCUCACGCUAAAAUCUUUGAGUGAAACGAGAUGGUCCUGCAGAUGGGAAGCAGUAAAAGCAGUCAGGGAGCAAAUGCCGAAAAUUAUCAAAGCUCUUCUCAUUUUAACAAAGGAUAAGGAUACUAAGACGUACACGGACAGCGUUGCCAUUUUGAAUGCCAUUUGUGAUUUUGAAUCCGUAUUUGGCUCGAUUCUUCUGAAGGUGAUAUUAUCAAAUACAAGCAGUCAAAGUAACCAUCUACAAGGGAAAGGCGUCGACGUUAUCACUGCAAAAAGAAAUGCUGAUCUCACGAUCAACACGCUCCGUAAAUGUCGCAACGAAAAGAAUUUUGAACUCUUGUGGGAAAGAGCACAUGCAGAUCAUGUCCAAUGA